GUUUGUUAGCGGAGCGAGGCGAAUCUGUCUAUUCCCCAGCCUCCCCUCUCUCUCGGUGAAGCAAGAGCUACUUCAAUUAUUAAACCCUGUCUUGAAGAAGUAGCAGCACCAAUUACACAAAAGUACACAAAGACGAUGGGAGCAUCGGAGGCUCUAACUGAUCCGUCAAGCUUAUAUAAUGUGGGCAACAAUGAUUUGUCUGAUACUGAAACCGUGCUUAACGUGAGAAACGCCCUUGCAUCUGUUCAGAAUGGGGAAUCAGACCUUUACGAUCAGUUUGUUGAAACUAUUCAGAUCAACAAUAGAUCUGAUGAUGCUCUUGGGGCACAGCUUGAUGCACUCUUGAAAGCUUUAUCAGGCUCUGUGGCUUGCAUAGAUGUCAAUCACCAUCGAAGGAUUCUCUCUGGGAUAUUUGGAAUGUCAUUGUGGGAUCACAAGCUUCAUGUAAUGGAUGCAUUGGUGGACCUAAUCAUAUCACUGGCUGCCAGUAGUGGAAAGUAUCUGGACAAUUGUCUGAAUAUGCUCAUAAGACACUUCGUUCCACCGCCUUGGGUAAUUGAUAGACUUUGGCAAAACCGUGUAAUCGUCCAGAAGCAAAACGUUCUUUCUCGGGUUCAUGAAGCUCUUCUGAAGAUCUCUCUUUUGGUUCCUCUUGCUCCCUCGAGACUAUUCCCCAUGCUCGCUCAACAACUGCCCAAAAUAAACAAAAAGGACCAGGUGGUGGUGAUCUAUGUGGAGAACUUAUUAAAGCUGGAGAAUAGCUCAAUCGGGCAAGUUGGUGGUGGCAUGAUUUUUAUGAUGGUGAUGGAGAGGCUGCGAGAUUUGGAUUUGGAGAUUGAUUGGGAUGAUAUUCUACAAGAUGAUUCUAACAGAGGCAUGUUUGAUAUGGAACUUGAAGAUGCUAUGAAUGAAGGAGACGAGCUUCCAGUGGGGUCUCUAAAUCAGGAUACAUCGGGUGGAAAGAUAGAGUCUUUGGACAAAUUGAUGGUCGCAUGUUUUGAUCAUCUUGAAUCGUGUAAUCUUCACGGUCGUUUGGAUCAGGUGUUUGAAAAGCUCUUUGAUUCAUUUGAGAACUUCAUUCUGAAUACAUACAAAUCAAAAGUUUCGCAGUUUCUGAUGUUCUAUGCAUGUUCACUGGAUCCUGAAAAUUGUGGUGUGAAAUUUGGAAGUAAGCUAUUAGACAUUUUUCUCUCCAGCAACAAGCCUCGACCUACUAGGAUGAGUGCAGUGGCUUAUCUAGCUAGCUACUUGGCUCGUGGAAAGUUUUUACCUGUUUCCUAUGUGGCUACCAUGUUAAAAAGGUUGGUAGAUGAGUGUGCGGAUUACUGUAGAAUUUGUAAUGAUGAUAUAAGGCCCGAAGCACAUCAGCUUUUCUACUCAGGAUGCCAGGCUAUCAUGUAUGUGCUCUGCUUCCGGAUGAGAUCCAUCUUAGAUGUUCCUCGCUUUCGGUCCGAGCUUAUACCAUUGGAGUCAAUUUUAAUGCACAAACUAAACCCAUUGAUGGUAUGCCUGCCAUCCGUAGUGGCAGAGUUCCUUAGACAAGCUAAAGCAGGUGGCCUGUUCGUAGUCUCAGACUCCUUCAUCUUCGAAGAUCUACUUGAGUCUGAGCUUUCCCGUGCUUUUGGCGGGUGUGAGAGGCUUGAUACAUUCUUCCCCUUUGACCCUUGCUUGCUGAAAAGCUCUAACAGCAAUAUCUCCGGGAAUUUCAUCUACUGGUCGAUGGUUAGACCGACCUAUGACAAAGAUGAUGAGGAGGAGGAGGACGAUGCUGAGAUAAUUGUGAAUGGGAAUGAGGAGAGUGAUGAAGAGGACGAGGGUGAUCUUGACUACGCCUUGAACAAGAUGUCCAUAACGCCUAAGCACUCUUUCAAGAACAAGAUGGAAAGAGAGAGACUUGUGAAAAUGCCUUCCAUGAUCAGACCUUCUACUAGUCCUGAAUCCCUUUAAGCUUGUUGGGAAGGUCUUAUUAAGCAUUUUUUUGUAAGCAAUAUCGACUUGAAAACUUUUUAAUAUAUGGAAACAGUGCUUGUUCUUGAUA